AUUAUAGAUAAAAAAUACAAAAACUUGUAUGACUUAAAAUUAUAUAAAGACUGUUCUGAAUUAUAUUCUAAAUUAAUCUAUAAGUAAUUUGAUGAUAUGUAAAUAAAAAGUAUGUAAAUGUCAGAAUUUAUUGGAACUUGUAACAACAAGGAAGAAGAAGCGAUUCGUAUCCUAACCAUAACCUAAAAGUACAAAUAAAUUUAGCAGGAUUUAAGAAAAAAUUUUAAUAUAGUGUUAUUAAUGAAUUAAAAACAUAAUAAAUAACAAAAAUGUCUACUAGAUGGUAUCCCAUAUAUCAAAAAGGAGGGCCCCAAUUGAGGGUGUUCCUUCCAAACUUCUGGAUGAAAUUGGUUCGGCCUCCUCAUGCGCAACCUGCCAACAUCGUUACCUUUUCUUGUUCUAUGGAAAUGACUAAACACGAUAUAAAAAAUUAUUUAGAAAAAAUAUAUGAGGUUAAGUGUGCUGAUGUACAUACUAGGAUACACAUGCCGAAAACCAGAAGAGAGAAGACACACGGAUAUGUUGUAAAAGAUGACGAUAUAAAAUACGCAUAUGUGUCAUUGCCCAAAGGACAGGAGUUCAAGUUUCCAGAUUUGUUUGAAGGUGGUGCUGAUAAAGAAAUGGAAGAUCAUAAGAAAGCUCUAAAGCAAGCCAAGGAGGGGUAUCAAGAUUUUGUAGAUAAAAACAAAGAGAGACAGAACAUGCCUGGGUGGUUUACUUUAUAAGUAGUUAGUGUCGUUGUAUGUUGUGAUUAUAAUUGAUAUAGUUUUUCUUAACUAAAAUAUAUACCUACUAUUUAAA